AUGGGAAGAUCAAAAAUCAAAGUGGAAUUUUUUCAAGAUCACAAGAAGAGGAAGUCAACUUUCGUGAAUCGGAAAGCUGGCUUAGUCAAGAAAAUCUCGGAACUCUCAAUACUUUGUGACAUCAAAGCAUGCAUGAUCAUAUAUGAAGGAAAUAAUCAUCAAAUGUGGCCGAAUGAUUCAAAUGAAGUUAAAGAGCUGAUAAAUCUCUACAAAACCCAACCAUUCGAAGGCCGAAGUAAAAGGGGUAAGACCUUGUCCAACUAUUUUGAAGAUGAUCAAAAGAAAAGGGCUGAGGUCAAAGUAGAAAAGGAUCUAGAAAAGGAUCCCACCACUUGGGAUUCAAGAUUUGACUAUUUCGAAAAUGAUGAAAAGAAAAAGGCUGAGAUCAAAGUAGAAAAGUAUCCCACUUGGAAUUCAAGAUUUGACUAUUUAUCCCAAAAAGAAUUGCAAAAUCUUGCUGAAGUUGUUGAGAAAAGGAUGGAAAAGGCAAAAGGAAAAAUCGAAUUGUUGAAGAGCAUGAAUGUUCAUAUUGGAAGUUCCUCACUUUCUCAUCAACAAAUAUGGGACUUCCCUGAGCUCAUGAACAACAACAACUUGAUGAACCAUACUACUGUGUUGCCUAUUUCUAAUGUGAAUUCUUUCACCGAUCACAACAACUUCUUCCAAUCAAAUAUUCCAAUUAGUGGUGUGAAUUCAAUGGGAGCAGGGAUGGAUAAUGGGCUUCUUACUAUCGAGGAUUAUCAAUUUUGCAAUGCUAAUUAUUCUAUGAUGAAUGAUGCUGAAAACUGGUCGGCAAAUGAUGGAAUUGGUUCAAGUUCGACAAUGCAGCCUAUGGCAAAUAAUGGAAUUGUUGGUUCAAGUUCGACAAUGCAGCCUAUGGGGAAUAAUGGGAUUGAUUCAACUUCGACAAUGCAACUUAUGGAGAAUGGAAUUGGUUCAAGUUCGACAGUGCAGCCUAUAGAUCAGUACCCUUUCAUAUACACCAACUCUACUCAUGAUAUGUCUUAUGGAUUCGUGUAG